GAUGCAUCUGAUAAUGCUUCAAUAAUUGCUAUACAUCCUGUUAACUGACCAGUUAUAUUCCUUUCGUGUUUCUCAAAUUUGUUUGGGCUGGUUCAGUAGUUGUAUCAAUGUCUAUUGAUUCACUUCAAAAAUCGUUGGUCGAUAUGACCACAGCUUUUGCCACAAGAUUCGAGCAGUUCGAGAAUAACCUCCAAAACAUUAAAAACACAGCAGCUGCUUCAAAUAAUAAUUCAAACGUCAACGACGUAGCCGGGGACUUUUACGCUUUUCGGUCAUUUGUAAUUGCGUCACUGUCGACGCUUCACAGGCAAGUAGAAUUACUUCAGAAAAUAUCUGACCAAGCGGAGAUGAGGUCCAGACGUAAAAUGCUACUGGUGCACGGAAUACCAGAGUAUAGUAAAGAGGAAACAUCGGCAGCUGUCGUUAAGAACCUAACCCAACAUCUUAAAACCCCCAAGCUGGAUGUGACUUCCAUUAGUAGGUCACACCGUGUUGGUAAAAAUAAAAGUGAUAAGCCUCGGCCCAUACUUGUAAAAUUUGAAGACGUGGAUUUAAAAAAAUCAAUAUGGUUUAGUAAAACUGCCCUAAAAGGGUCUGGAAUUACUCUGUCUGAGUUUCUUACCAAAUCUAGACAUGAGACUUUUAUGACUGCCCGUCGAAAAUUUGGGGUGAACAAAACCUGGACAAGUAAUGGUACUAUUUUCAUACUUGAUUCUAAGGGAUCGAAACACAGUGUGAAUUCUGUCGCUGAAUUAGAUGCUAUUACCACCGACACAACGCACGAACAAUUGAGAGCUGGAGAGUGUGGUGCUGAUCAGAGGCAGGAGGCUGCAGGUAACACCAGGCCAAAGAGAACUAACAGGAAUAAGUAAAUAAGCAUAAACUAAACUUAAGUAAUAAUUACACAAAUCAAAUCCUGA